UUGUAUUGGCGCUAUUCUCCUAUUUUAUCCAUCUCCAAGAUUACUAUAUCAAUGGACAUUAGUGGCCAUAACGAGAACCACAAGUUCAACACAGACUGAAGCAGAGAGAGAGAGCUGCUUGCCCGAGAGAAUGAAAGGCAUAACGCUCAGGGACAGCGGCUUGGUUCUUCAUUCACUCUUGCCUCCAUCUCCUAAACCUCCCAACUCUUUCACCUCUCAUUUCCUUUCUUUCAAUGUUAAUUCUCUCUCCAAGAAGCAAUAUCCAAACCUCUCUUCUCGCCACCAUAGCCUUCUUUUCUCCAGGUGGUACAGAUGCGAGGGGUGGUUUGGAGGUCUUCUGCAAAAGGUAGUUGAACGUCAGCAUUGCUUAGAGCGUAAGUAUGUUGAUUGCAAGAAAAGGGGAGAGACUAUAGCAUUGGGGCACAAAUCAGAGGAUUGUUGUGUUUCAGAUCAUGCACCUGUAAACAAUAACUUGAGAAAGGAAAACUAUAUAGCUGCAAAUUUGGCUGUUUCAACUACAUUGUUCAACAAUGCACUAAAGUUUAUGGCUCUUUUUGGAUUGCUGACAUUUCAUGACUUACAACCAGCAGUUGCUGUUUCAGAUAUUGCUAGUGGGUUGCAGUCAAUUCCUUACGUAGGAGACCUUGGUGAUAUUAGCACAGGUUUUGCUUCAGCAUUCUUGCUGAUAUUUUUCUCAGAACUGGGAGACAAAACCUUUUUCAUUGCGGCACUUUUAGCUGCUAGAAAUUCUGCUGUUGUAACUUUCACUGGGACUUUUGGAGCACUUGCGGCAAUGACAAUCAUAUCUGUUGUUCUCGGAAGAACUUUCCACUAUGUCGACGAAAUCCUUCCGUUCAGUUUUGGUGGGGCUGAUCUGCCUAUUGACGAUAUUGCUGCUGUUUUCCUUCUGGUAUACUUUGGAGUUUCAACAUUGCUUGAUGCUGCUUCAAGUGAUAAUCAAAAAGCAGAAGAUGAACAAAAGGAGGCAGAAUUAGCAGUUUCAGAAUUUUCAGGAAAUGGAGCUGGAAUCUUUGCUGCUGCCAACACUGUUAUUAGCACUUUCUUCUUGGUUUUCGUUGCUGAGUGGGGUGAUAAAUCAUUCUUUUCCACAAUUGCACUAGCGGCAGCAUCUUCUCCUCUCGGAGUCAUUGCAGGCGCACUGGCUGGUCAUGGUGUUGCUACUCUGGUUGCUGUUUUGGGAGGAUCUUUACUGGGAACAUUCUUAUCAGAGAAGACCAUUGCCUACAUCGGCGGUACUCUCUUUCUUGUCUUCGCUGCCGUAACAUUGUUUGAGAUUGUCAAUUAGAGGUUGGAAACUUGGAGUUAAAGAAAUAAAAUUAAAAUCACAUUUUUUUGGUGCAAUUAUUAGGACUUUAGUUCUUUGCUCCUAUUACUGAUUACAUGUACUUAUUAUAAUCAUGGAUUCGUUACUUAUUGAAUCAAAUCUUGAGCUAAAACAAGGGAUUACAAUGAAAAA